AUGUCUGACUGUUCUGCACCCGAAGGCGACUGUUGCUCUCGGCGACGCCUUACUCAGGUAGGAACGGGGGCGCAGGGUGUUCUUUAUUCAGACGAGGAUAAGGAGCAUCCAAGAUACCUGAUCCCAGAGCUCUGCAAACAGUUUUACCAUUUGGGCUGGGUCACUGGGACUGGAGGAGGAAUUAGCUUGAAGCAUGGCAAUGAAAUCUACAUUGCCCCUUCAGGAGUGCAGAAGGAACGAAUUCAGCCUGAAGACAUGUUUGUUUGUGACAUAAAUGAACGGGACAUAAGUGGACCUCCACCAUAUAAGAAGCUAAAAAAAAGCCAGUGUACUCCUCUUUUUAUGAAUGCUUACACCAUGAGAGGAGCCGGCGCAGUGAUUCACACCCACUCUAAAGCUGCUGUCAUGGCCACCCUGCUUUUUCCAGGACAGGAGUUUAAAAUUACACAUCAGGAGAUGAUAAAAGGAAUAAGGAAAUGUACCUCGGGGGGGUAUUACAGAUAUGAUGAUAUGUUAGUAGUGCCCAUUAUCGAGAAUACACCUGAGGAGAAAGACCUCAAAGAACGGAUGGCUUGUGCAAUGAACGAAUACCCAGACUCCUGUGCGGUGCUAGUCAGACGUCAUGGAGUGUAUGUAUGGGGAGAAACAUGGCAGAAGGCUAAAACCAUGUGUGAAUGUUAUGACUAUUUGUUUGAUAUUGCUGUAUCGAUGAAGAAGUUAGGACUGGAUCCUACACAGUUCCCAGCUGGAGAAAAAGGCAUUGUAUAAACCAGUUUGCAGCUUAAUGAUGCACAGAGAUACAGUGAAAC